UCAUUUAUUUUGCUAAACAAACAUUUUGAACCCAUGGAAUGGGUUGAAAAUGUUUGUUUAGCAUGGAAUGGGUUUGUUUGGGUUGAAAACGUUUGUUUACCAUGGAAUGGGUUGAAAACUUUUUAAAGUUAAAGAAUCUGAGUGUGAAUAGGAGAGUAAAACUUUAUGUACUAUAAAAAUUAGUUUGAACAGAAUAAAUUAUGUAUUUCUGCAGAGUUCUUGAAAUAUUUUAUAAUGAAAAUACAAAAAAUUUUUUUUUUAAUUCAUUCAUUCUUUAUCUCCAAAUAUGUUGUUUUUAUGUAAGUUUUUCUCUUGGUUUUUGGAUAUAAACAAAUGAUGUGUCUUUAAUAUUUAUACAUAUAUACUAUGUGUUCUUUUAUUUAAAUGAAUAUACAUAAUUUAGGUUUAUGUUGAAGCUGGUCCUUCAACUUCAUCUAUUAUGAAUGUAAGAAGAACAAUACCGACAAAUGAUCCGCAAGAAUUAAAGAGAGUACGAAAUCCUUCAGGCACCAAUGUAAAACCAGUUCCAGACAGUAAUCGACCAGUGGAUAAAGCUCAUGCUGAUGCAGUUGUUAAUUUUCUAUUACGUAUGGCAUGUCAAGUGAAUGAUACAGCAACUGCAGCUGGAUCCUCAGGUGAACUUCUGUCUAGAAAAUGUGUUGGUCUUUUGAAGACAGCAUUGAAACCUGAUGUUUGGCCUAAUGCAGAAUUAAAAUUAGCAUGGUUUGAUAAACUCUUAAGUACUGUGGUAAGUGCAAUAUAAAGUACUAUGAUAAGUAUUUAAACAUAAUUCAUGAUACUUUGUCAUCAGCAACACAUUAGAUACAUCAUUGAAUUGAACUGAUGAUGCUAAUAUAAAUAAUAGAACCUCGAUUAUCCGGACUAAUUGGGGAUGAAGGUAGUCCGGA